CAGCCACCAGCCCAGCACUCCCGCACCGUGGCCUCCGUCUCAGACCUUGCCUGCAUCUACUCGGCCCUCAUCCUGCAGGACUAUGAGGUGACCUCAAGGGAGGACAAGAUGAUAUCCCUCAUUAAGGCAGCCGGCAUCAACGUGAAGCCCUUCUGGCCAGGCCUGUUCCCCAAGACCCUGACCAAGGUCAACAUCUGGAGCCGCAUCUGUAAUGUAGGGGCUGGUGGCCCUGCCCCAGCUGCUGGUGCCGUACCAGCCGGAGGACCUGCAGCACCCUCCACUGCUGCUACUGCAGCAGAGGAGAAGAAAGUGGAAGCCAAGGAAGAAGAGUUUGAAGAAUCUGAUGGUGACAUGGGCUUGGGUCUUUUUGACUAA